UUGACAAAUCGGCAGUGAAUUCGUGGCCAAAGAAAAUAAUUGAUGAAACUUUUGUGAAAAACUCGAUAUAAAGGAAGAAAUUGCACUCUUGUAUUCAAUAAAUUUGUCUGAGACAUCAUCUGUUACUAAGAAAGAUGGGGGUGGCAAUCAGCCGCUACGGGGAGUUGUCUAACAAUGAGCUGUUGGAGCGCUUCGUGUCUCCGGACAUCAUCAGCCCGAACGACCCGUUCUGGAACCAGAUGUUGUCAUUCAACAUCACCCCACCUAGCAGUGUCGAGGAACAGCUGAUCUUCGACUCCAGCACCGAGAACCUUCUCCAGCAGUUCUUGGCCAACAACGGGGACACGGGCAACCUCGGAGCCCUAGUGCAAGUCUUCAUCACGCGCGCCACGGAACUGCUCGCCUCACCCACCAGUGACAAUGUGAUGCUGGCAUGGCAGACGUUCAACGCCCUGUUCGUGAUCCGCGCCGUGGUCAAGUAUUUGGUGGAGAUGGUUCCCGAAUCUGAAGUGUGCCGCCAUGUUGAUAUUAUAGUGCAGGAUCGACGGCCGCCCGUUGCUGACCAAACAACAGACGAGGCACAGACGUCGCCCAAACAGCCGAUACUGAACGCGGAGAGCCGGGUGGAGAUGCUAGUCGACGCGCUUAUAAGCCUCAUCAUCGACGUUCCGGUCACUGACAACACAUACUACCUCCACUUGGAGUGCAUCAACACACUUCUGGUGCUAAUGAGUGUGUACAUGUUCGCCGGAGUGCACGGGCAAAGCCGCACGAUCGAGACUAGUCUUAUUUAUAGAACAUUAUUCCAAGGCCGCUACGGCAUGCAGGCGCCGCUCCUAGUGAAGACGCUGCUGAGCCAUCUGUCGAGCAUGCUCGCCGCGCCGGCGCACAUGUUUGGCACAGGCGUACCCGGCGGCAGUAUACUAGUCAAUUUGGCUUCUGGAUUCUGGAACAUGCUGACCCUGAGCAGCCCGGCCGCCCCCACCAUCUACACCAACCCCCCACAGGACAGACACACUCUGAUGCAGGAGCUACAGAAGAGACAUCCUCUGGCUAACCAAGCUUGCCUACUGUUGCUCGCGCUGGCGAAUCACUGUGCGACGCGAAACCUCUAUCGCCAGGCGCUACUCUCUGCUGCGGACACUACCAAUACAGCCACAACGCCGCAGAAGGAGCCAGAGAAAGGAACGGGACCGGAAAUGACGCCGCCCCGGAUAGACAUGGCCGCGCUCCACAAAGCCCUAUGCGCCACGGCGGGCUGCGAGCAUUCCACACUGCUUCUGUAUCUAAUGCUGCACUCGUGUAAAGCCUACAAACGGCACGUCAGCAACGUGGAACACAUAGAACACCUGAUAGUCCCAAUACUGCAAGUGCUAUACAACGCCCCAGACAGCAACUCACACCACAUAUACAUGUCGCUGAUCGUGUUACUCAUACUUACGGAAGACGACGCUCUUAUAAAGAAUGUGCACCUUAUCACAUUGAAGAACAUCCCCUGGUACACAGAGCGUCAGAUAUCGGAGGUCUCACUCGGGGGUCUAAUGGUGUUAGUGCUAGUGCGCGCUCUGCAGUACAAUAUGGCGCGCGUUCGCGACAAGUACUUACAUACCAACUGCCUCGCUGCCAUCGCUAAUAUGAGCUGUGAGUUCAGAAACCUGCACCCGUACGUUGCGCAGAGGCUGGUCUCCCUGUUCGAGACACUCUCAAAGCGGAGAGCGAGGCUAUGCAACGAAAUAGAAGGCGGAGAUAUAAAUAAUUUAGAAUUACCACAUCACGCAGAGGAGAAAACAGAAGAAAUAGUGGAACACAUCCAAGUUUUAGACGAAGUGCUGCGAAUGCUGCUGGAGAUCAUGAACUCCUGCUUGACACACCAGCUGCAGCACAACCCCAACAUGGUGUACUGUCUCCUGCACAAGCGGCAGCUGUUCCAGAACAACCCUCACCACAUCACGCAGAACAUUGAAAUGGUGAUAGGUUACUUCUCGACACGCCUCCAGCGGGUCCAAGAUGGCGCCGGAGGCGACCUCAGCGUGACGGAGGUGCUGGCGUGCAUCAAGAAAGGCGCCGAGCAGUGGUCCAGUGACCGGUUAAAGAAAUUCCCCGACCUAAAAUUCCGCUACGUGGAAGAGGAGAGGCCAGAGGAAUUCUUCACCCCGUACGUGUGGUCGCUGGUGGGGGGCUGCGGGGGGGUGUACUGGAGCAGCGAGUGCGCGCGCGCCGCCUCCGCGCUCUGCUGAUACCCGGGGGC